AUGGAGCGCUGGGACUCGCUGGGAUUUUUGAUUGUCACGCUCAACUACAAUGUGACUAUUGUAGGAAAGAUCUGGCUAAUGUUAAUAAUUCUGCUGCGAAUGGCAGUGGUAGUGUUAGCAGGCUAUCCACUCUACCAAGACGAGCAGGAGCGCUUCGUCUGCAACACCCUCCAACCAGGAUGCUCCAAUGUUUGCUAUGACUUGUUCUCUCCUGUAUCUCACUUUAGGUUCUGGCUCAUUCAAACUGUGUCUAUCCUGCUGCCUUAUACUGCCUUCAGCAUUUACGUUUUGCACAAGGGAGCUAUGUACAUUGUAAGAACGCACUGCUUGGUGCAUGGAUGCAAAGGGCAUAAGGACUUAUCAAGUCCCAAAGACCUGAAGGAGCUCUGUAGAAGUGCUGUUGCCAAUAGAUUAGAUUGUGGUGCAGACAACCUAAGUGUCCUUAAUUUUUCUGGGGCAUAUACUGUUCAUCUUUUGUUUAGGACACUACUUGAGGCUGCCUUUGCAGCUGUGCAAUAUUUUCUUUUUGGAUUUUCUGUUCCUGAACGCUUUUCCUGCUACCAUUCACCUUGUACAAGCACAGUUGAUUGUUAUAUCUCCCGUCCCACUGAGAAAUCCAUCAUGAUGAUUUUCAUCUGGGGGGUCAGCAGUCUAUCCUUUCUGCUUAGCCUUGCUGAUCUUGUCUGUGCUCUCCAGAGAAUGACAGCAAGAAAUCAAAAGAACAAGCUGCUGGCAAACCUCCACGUAGAGAAUGAGUGUAUUUUAAAUCUUCCCCCAGUACAGCAUGGCAGUUCUCCUCCACCUCAAAAUCAAGACUGUCCAGGAUCAAAAAGCAGCCAGACCAGUGAUGGCUCCUGCUCACCUCUCCCUGAAGAGGAAGAAGAGGCUGUUCUUCAUCCUGAAGUGGUCUCUCAGCAAACUGCCAGCACUAACAUUAACAGCAACAGCAACAAGCCCUGUAUAUCAGGAGAUCUUGCUGAAGAUGCCACUGAAGAACCCUUGUAUGCCAGUGACCACCAAGGGACUACAUGCAGGCAAGAGAGACCCAGGCUUCAGCAAGACUGCAUUAAAGAUACUGCCCUGACUUUGAGACCUCAGAUCAAGUCUCACCUUGGAGUUUCUUCCUCUGUAGUUCAGAGCAAGCUUUUAGGAUACUACCCUUCAGCUGAGUUAAAAAACCCUGAUGCACAAUCAAAUUAUAGCAGUUCUAGUUGCUUGAGGUCAAAAAAGUCAGAAUGGGUAUAG